AUGAGGUUUACGCUACACCUUUAUGCAAGGCCAUCCUCGAUUUUAGUGAGUUGCAAGAAGGCCUUCAAGAAGAGUGCACAGAAGGAUAUUGGUACAGUCUUCAACUACUAUUACAACAUGCAGGUCAAGAAAUUUGGGAACACAACUUUGAUGCGGUUCAAUAACAGCUUCAAGAGGUAUAUUAGGUCUGAAUGGGACAACUUGUCUGCAACGAAGAAGAGAUUGUAUUAUGCUAUGUUCUUUGAGCAGCACAAUCUAUCACCAUCUGAGCUCACCUCAUAUGAGCUUGCCAGAUGUUUGGAGAUUGAAAAACCUGCUGCUAGUGAAUACCUAAUGUUCAGGAAUAGAUUCAAGUCUAAAUUUGAUAGAUUGUGGCGACAAAACUCAGAAGUUAAUAUGAAGCUUAUAUUCCAAAGUGGGAGUAUAGCAAAUAAUUACCAUGAAUUCAGCUCAUGCAGAGCUAAAAGGUCAAUACAACAUAUUGACCCCAACAGAGACUACAUAUUGCGCUUUAAAGAAAUGUGUAAAGAGUGUAGACGGAUAUGGAAUACCAAAGUUGGAGAAGAGGAGAAGAAAACUAUUCAUGAACAUUGGCUGAAUGCUCAGCAAGAGUUUAAAAACACACUAGACAUCGAAAUUGAGGUAAUAAAACUAAACCUUGAGAAACUAGCAAAUGCCAAGAGGGUAGGCAAUUCACAAGCUGUCUCUGACCAUGGCAAUGCUAUGACAUUGUUGAUGAUGAAGACAUCUAAUGGUUGA